CUCGUUCCUCGUGGUUUCGCGUUUAAUUUCGAGUGUUUACUGUUACGAACUGUGAAAGUGGAUGAGUUCUGUUUUUUGUGUGGAUACGUACUGAUUGUGCCUUAUGGAAAAUAAGUUAAACGGCAAAUGAUUGUGAUUGGAUUCGAGAUCAGUAAACAAUCACAAAACUAGUGUCCAGUGAAUGUAUCGGCGAAAGACGAAAUAGUGAAGAAUUAGAGUUUGAUUUUUUUUUCAUUCUGUUGUGCAUGUGCGAAGUGAAUUAUUUAGGCAAUCAGUUUGCAUGAAUGAAUCAAAUCGAUUAUCUUAUCUGCUGUAACUUUGCGUGUUUUGUUGGUGCCGACUUGUUGCAGAUCUACAGAAGUUGAUAACUGUGGAUUAAAAAAGCGUUUCAGUUAUUUAAGGUUAUUUUAUUAGGAGUUGGGAACUCCUUGACAAUGAUUGCUUAGGUAAACGACAGGUUGUACUCUGCACAUUAGUCAAGAGGUGCAUUUAUAUUGGAGUUUGACAUAGAGCAGUGGCUGUUCAAGAUGACGACUACUCCGAUGAUUCCACUGGAUGCUGGACGUAAACGAAUUGUCAAACUAGGAUUCCUCGGAAUGCUAUUCAUCAUGAUGGGCUGCGUCAUAGUGGUGCUCAACCCGACCGAUCUGAUAGUGAACAACAUGCUGAGUAUGAAUGAAGGUUCCUACCUGCAUAGGCUAUGGAAGAAACCACCACUGGAAGUGUUCAUUAGCAUCUACGUAUUUAAUGUGACUAAUGCGGAUGCGUUCAUGCGAGGAGAGGAAAAAAUGAGACUGGAAGAGCUUGGGCCGUACGUGUACCAGGAGUUCUUGGAAAACCACAACUCAACGUUCAACGCAAAUGGAACGCUAAGUUUUACUCCUAUUCGUCGGCAAGUGUUCAUUCCAGAGCGUUCCGUUGGAAACCCUGACAAUGAUCUUAUAAUAGUUCCCAAUAUUGCCUACUUGGGCGUGGCCAGCGCAGCUUACCGCAUGUCAGCAUGGGCUUCUUUGGCCGUGGCUGCUGCCUUGAAGCCCCUAGGAAUGAGCCCAUUUCUCAACAUAACCGUACAUGACCUUCUUUGGGGGUACGAAGACCCAUUAGUCCAAGUAGCUUCAACUCUGCUUCCGAAUAUCAUUCACUUCAAGAAAAUCGGUAUUCUCGAUCGCAUGUUCGACGAUGGCUUUGAUACUGUUACAAUCAAUCUACCGGAAGCGGUACAGAAAUUGCGCAAAACCCAAAUUGUGGCCGAUGUUUCCGAGGAGGAAUUGGAUUCCGUCGAGAAUGAUUAUUUUGACCAGGAUGCAUUGCAGAUGGCUGCCGAGGAGGAAGCCGAAGAGUCGGACGACCCCAUUCGGAACUACUCCAUUGAUCUGUGGAACGGUUCGCCCGGCCUAGCUCACUGGGGAUAUGUAGGAAAGGAGAACUGGGAUGCAGAACGGAGAAACACUCCAUGUAAUACACUGCAAGGAUCGUACGAUGGGACGGUGUUUCCGAGGAACAUUUCCAAAACGGAAGUUUUCAAAGUCUACCGGAAGGCAUUCUGCCGGACGCUGCCGAUUGCAUUCGAGCGAGAAGGUACGCACGAUGGCAUCAAAGCCUAUUGGUUUUCCAUUCAGGAGAAUGCAUUCGAAAGCUCGCUGGAUGAUCCCUACACGGCAUGCUACUGUCGGUAUGGGCAGUGUCUACCGAAGGGGCUGGGAGACUUGAGUCCAUGUUGGUACAAUAUCCCGGUAGCCGUAUCGCUUCCGCAUUUCUACAAGGGAGAUCCAGCAUUGUCCGAAGCUAUCGAUGGGUUGAAUCCAAAGAAAGAUAUACACGAUGCAGUCAUUAUCAUGCAACCUCAACUUGGGAUUCCUAUGACUGCCAGUAUUCGAGUGCAAAUCAAUCUACUGACAAAUGUGAGCUUCAUCUCUGAAUUGAAGCCUCUGCAUAAUACAGUGAUUCCUUUAAUUUGGGCGCAAAUGGAGGUGGAAAAGCUCACUCCGGACAUUGUGAUGCUGCUACGCCUGCUGUUCGACGUUGCACCGUACCUGCAGAGCGGGUGUGUGUACUUGCUCUCGCUACUGGGAGUUUCGCUACUCGCCACUACGGCGCUGAUGUUGUUGUAUUCGCGUCAUGCAACACUCGAGUACGACCCGCGCAAAUCGAUCCGAUACUCGACGGUCAGCAUGAUACCGUUUCCACUGCGGAAGGAGCUGGAGAAGUACGGCGAUGCCGAAAUCCGACGGGAAGCGUUGCUAAUCGAAAAUGAACCUUGAGUUAUUAUAAGCGUUUGCCUUGAUGAUUUUGCCCGGUUCAGAACGGGUGGGAUCGGUUUAAAUUAUUCUUAAAGAAUAAAUUAUACAUUGUGAUAUUUGCAUCUAAGCUUAGGAGAAGGUUUGAUAAUAAUCUAUUUAAUCGCAAUUAAGGUAGCAUGAUGAGUGUGACUAUACAAGGAAAAAUGGGCACCUUGAACUGAUUUUUUAUCGGCAGAACGCUGUGAUGUAACAUUUAUGUAAGAAGCUGACAUUAUUAAAUCUCUAUAAAAAAUACCUAACAACAGGUUUCUAAGGAGCAUGGUCUAGUAACAAUGGGGAAGCGAAGAAAGCUAGGUUAAAUUAAGUUCAUACCCAAUGUAUGUAAACUCAUGACGGCUUAUAAUUAAAUCAUACCUGACUAAAUCAAUA